AUGCAUGUCUUUUUCUCCGUCCCGCACUGCAGCCUUAAGAAGCAAACAACCGCUCCAACCGACUCACCUACUGGUCUGGACGCGUCAUCUGAGUAUGGUGACGAUGCUGCUUCCAUGGGUGAUGGUACCACUGACGACAGUUCGGAUUUCACCCCCUCUCUCACCAAUAAGAUGUCAUCUGGUGGAGGAUUCGGGGGAGGCUUGGGAACAGGCUCGAGAGCCAGCAUGGGAGCAGGCUCGGGAGCAGGUUCGGGAGCAGGAUUCGGAGCAGUGGAUGAGGGUCUGGAUUCCGAGGAUGGGGAUGGGGAGACAGGCCUGAUCGGGAUUCCCAAGGUCCUCUGGCACCACUGGCGCUGGUCGGAUGGGGGAGGCGGGCUGGGGGCAGAUGGAGGGGAGGAUGAGGAUGACAUGAUGGGAGGAAGUGGCGGGAGUGGUGGGUUGAGGGAUGGAUUUGCCACCAGCAGCAGAGGAGGCGGUAUGUGGGGUGGUAGCAGCAGUGGUGGUGUUGCAGCGGGGGGUAGAGCCGGGGGAGGUGGUGCUGGGGCAGGCGGAAGGUGGGGAGGGAGAGGCGGGCCGACGGGUAUGUCAGCGGAGGAUGAGGAGGAGGAUGGAGUGGGGAGCGCUGGUGGCGGUGGGCUUGGGGGUUACCGCAGUCGUGUACCUACAACGGGGUCUAGAUCAUGGGGAAUGGACGAUGAGGAUGAUAUGGAGACUGGUGGUGGUGGGAAUAGGGGCGGGUUGGCAUCCAGAAGUGGUGCGGGCGUGGAGUCGGCUCAAAUGGACGAGGAGGAGGAGGAAGAGGACGGCAUGUCGACCCACCGGCUGCGCAACGUGGCAUUCCUGCGCAUCCCAGGGACGCCCGUCACAGGGCAGCGCGUGUUGGACUUUGAGCGCCAGCUGGCGUGUGUGUCCCGCGACGGGCUGUGGGCACUCAACUCGACGCCGCGGUGGAUGCCGUGGGACCUUAAUCCGUUGACUGUGGCCCGCCAGCCCAACUAUCGUUCUUGUGACCUGCUCUUUUCCAAAAGGAAGGGUGGUGUGUUUGGGGCAGCAGCGGAGAGGGCGAGGCGAGCCCCCAAUGCAAGAGCAGCAUGGCGGGUGCGCAAGGAGCUGCUGUACCAGUGGCGCCCCUCCAGCCCCCUCCGCUGCCCCUUCCAGCAAUUCAACCGCGAGGGGUUCUGCCGUGCUGUGAGGGGGCGCAACGUGGUGGUGGUGGGAGACGCGUUCAGCCUGGACUGGCACGAUGCUCUUUUGAACCACCUGGUCACUGCACAAACCAAGCACAGAGCAGGGCAGCUGGGCGAUGCCUGGGCCAAUGUCACGGAAGGGGCGUGCUUUGAAAGGGGUCACCGCCUCUGCACCGACUCCCGUGGUGGUGACCAGGAAGGCGGGGAUGGUGUGGUGGUGAGGCGGAGGAGGAUGGCGGGGUUCAACCUGCGGGUGGUGCUGAACGCGUUUGCAGCGCCGGACACGGGGCGCCCCACGCGGCUCAACAACCGCUGGCUCAAGCGUCUCAAGAAGUGGAAAACCAGCAUCCUCGUGCUCUCCCGCACUCCGGCCUUUGGCGACAAGGAGCUGAUGCUGCAGGAAGUAAGGGACACGCUAGAAGCAGUAAGAGACUUGUAUCCGGACAUGCUUGUCAUCUGGCGCAGCGCGGUGGGCGGCCAUCCCAGCUGUCAGCACUUCACUCGCCCGCUCAGGACCCGGCCCGUCUUGCUGGCAGCCAAGGGGAAGAUUCCGGACGUGUGGCUUCGGCAUGCUGAGAUGAACGCCGCCAUCAGGCCUCUUCUCAAGGAGUACGGGGCAGUGUACAUGGACGUUGAUUCAGCCACCUCCCUGCGCCCCGACGGCCAUCACGAGCGCAUGGACGGCAGCAUCAACUGCCACCACUACUGCAUGCCCGGCCCGCUCGACCACUGGAGGAGGGAGGUGGCGCAGCAAGGAGGAGAUAGAGGAGGAGGAGAGGGGGAGGGGGGAUGGAGGAGGAGGGGGGGAGGAGGAGGGAUGGUAGGGGUGGGAGGUGCGGGAGGGUUUGAGGGAGCCGGGACGGUGGGAGGGGGGAUGGGAGUGGGAGGAGGGUUAGGUGAGGGGCAAGUGGAAGGAAGCGGUGGAGAUGGGCGUGGGGGAGUGGAGAGCCCUCAAGAGGCAGAUGUGGCCGGUGCAGGAGCAGGGACUGGUGGUGCGGAAGGUGCUGGUGCUGCUGGUGGCGCUGCUGCUUCUAGUGCUGAUGCUGGUUUGGAAGGGGUGCCUGGUGAAGCAACAGGAGGGGUUGGAGUGGCGGGAGAAGGGACAGCAGCUGCUGCUGAAAAGGAGGCAACAACUUCUGCUGACUCUGGUGGUUCUGGGAGUGUCAUUGCUGCUGGUUCUGCCACUGCUGCCGGCACGACCACUCCUGCUGCUGGUGGCACUGUCAGUAGUGGCGAAGCAGCAAGUGCUGCAGCGGGAUUUUCCUUCCUGUGCGCGCACCCUUGUUACGAUGCACCCUUCUCGUUCUCCUCACACCCCCCUCUUCACCCCACUUCACCUCUAUUACCUCCAUCCUGCAUCAACUUCUCAACGUGCAUCCCAGGGACGCGCAUUCGGGGCGAAGCAGCUGUGGCGGAAGCACAGCAGGAGGUGUCGUGUGUGGCGGAGGAUGGCAAGUGGGUGCGCUUCAACACGCCCCGCUGGCUGCCCUGGUCCCGCGACCCCCACACCAACCCGCGCGCGCCUCACUACGGCACGUGUGAUCUCCUGCAUGUUAACGAAACUGGAGGCAAGGGCAUGUACGGCUUUGCAGCGGACAAGUUUCGGAAGAACCCGGGAGACCGGGAGUGGCACGUGCGGGCGGAGCUGAAAUACCAGUGGAAGUCCAACCGCUUCUGCCCUCCCUUCAUGGGGUUCAACUCAACCUGCCUUUCCUCCUCCCCUCCCAUCUCCGUCGCCCUCUCUCCUUCCGUUUCUCCUCUCGUGACCGGAGGCAAGGGCAUGUACGGCUUUGCAGCGGACAAGUUCCGGAAGAACCCGGGCGACCAGGAGUGGCACGUGCGGGCAGAGCUCAAGUACCAGUGGAAGUCCAACCGCUUCUGCCCGCCCUUCAUGGGGUUCAACCGACACAAGUUCUGUGCGGCGGUGGGGCAGCGCAACGUGCUGUUUGUGGGGGACACGACGCAGCUGGCGCUGCACGACGUGUUUCUCAACCACGUAACCACCAUCGCCACGCAGAAGGAGAUUGGGGACAUCGCUGAUGCCUGGACGGCACCCAACAACCAGCCGGCAUGUGCCACCACCAACCCCCACGUGGUGUGCUCGGACAUUGUCCCAGGGGGCUUCACCUUCCGUGUCGCCCACAACAACCUGCUCACGCCCGACUCGCCGGGAGGGGGAGCAUUCAACCAGCGGUGGCUGGGGCAUUUGAAAAAAUGGAACGUGUCCAUUGUGGUUCUCAACAAGGGCUUUGAGCGGCGACCAACCCCGGUUUAUCUGAAGACGCUCCGUCAGACGCUCACGAAAUUCCGCCAGGUGGCGCCUGACACCCUGCUGAUCUGGCGAUCCACGUGGCGCGGCCAUGAGGGCUGUGAGAAUGCCACGGAGCCAUUGGCAGCGCCGCCCGAUAACGCCACCCGGGCUGGGCCAUGGGCAUUUGUAUUGGAGCAGAACGAGGCGGUGCGGGAUGUGAUCCGGGAAUUUGGUGGUGUGUACAUGAAUCUGGAUGCAUCCUUGUCAAUGCGACCAGAUGGGCACCUACGUCAAUUGAAUGGCCUCACAGAUUGCUACUACUACUGCUUGCCUGGUCCUGUUGACCACUUCAUGCGGCUUUUCUACAACUACCUCCUCAUCCUCGAUAGCAAAGGGCCACUUCUUAUCUCUUCCCUCAUCGUCUCACACACAAGCAGGUCUCAUGUCCCUCGCAACGGGCACGGCAACGGCUAUUCCCGCUGGUCCCGCGACCAAUCAGCUGCUUCAUCCCCACCUCCGGCGUCCGCCCCCAACCGAGCGAGUCACCACCACGACGGAGCAAGCCAUGGGAAGGGAUAUGAGGGGCUGUAUGGGGGGACCCGGUAUGAAGGGCGCCAUGGGAGAGGGUUCGGGAGAGGAGACGUUAGAGGGUACGCUCAGAGUGGGUCCGAGCGGCCUGCUAACCCUGGCGCUUCCCCUUCUCCCUCCUCGUCUACCUCCCCUUCCGCUUCCUCCUCUCCUUCGUUCGGCCAGUCCGCCGCCGCACACUCCCCCUCCUCGCCUGCCUCUUCAACCGCUUCGCCAGAUUCGAAUCCUGCAGCUGCGGGGGCUGUGGGUGCUGCGUCUGGAGAGUUUCCGUUUCAAUCGCAUCACACGAUCCUGGACGUUGAUCAGGUUGAUCCGACGGCUGGCGACGCUGCCGCGUGGGGUGGGCUGGAUUCGACUGUAGCAGCAGCGGCGUGGAAGAGGAGCUUUCUAAAGCGGGUGGUUAACACGAUCACCGAUUCCAAGUACUUCAAUUCCUCUCUUUCGUUCUCUUUCCCUCAUUGUUUCCCCCUCCCACCUUCCGUUCCCGGCCCUCCCUCCAACCUCUCCCGUCCACUCAUAUCAUCCUCCCCGACCCCCUUCCUUACCGCCUUGCUCCACUGCUCCACCCCUCUCCUCUUCGCCAAUCAGCUGAAGAAAGCUGGAUGGCUCAUGGCGGGGGCUGCCACGGCGGCCGUGGGCGUGCAGGUCACAGCACACAUCAUUCAGGCCAUCGAGUCCGUCCCCCUGCUUGCUUCUCUGGAAAUUCUCAUCGGCGCUGCUGUCACCACCAACGUCGCCACCACUAUCGCUGGAGGGGGGGAAGGGAAGAUUGUGGGGAAAAGGGCGAGCUGUGUUGCUAAAGGGGGUAGCGCCCCCGUCUCACCUCCUUGUCUCUCCCUCUCCACCCCUCCUCCUCCCUCCUCACCUCCUCCCUCCACCCCUCGUCCGCCCCUCUCUUCCCCCCCGUGCGCCCACCCUCCCCCCGUCCCCACGCCCCCAUCAGCGCGCGAGCGCCUGGAGCAGCAGUGGGACGAGUUUGUGAAACGAGUCAGCGGCACGUACGGGUUGUCGGACCCGGUGUUUGAUGAGAUGGAGAGCGGCAAGGACCUUGAGGCUCAAAUACAGGACCUGCUGUCGCAGUGCAGUGCGCUUUUAGCCGAUGCAGCACUGCAGCAGGGCGAGCAGAGGCCCCCACACCUCGGAGGCAACACAUCAGGAGGAACCCAGCAGCAGAGGGAGACGCGGGCAGCAGAGGGACUGCGGAGGGCCGCAGAGGGACUUGGUCUCAAGGCAGAGGGCAACACAGGAAAGGAGACAGAGCCUGCAAACAGCACAGGAGAGGAGACAGAGGGGGAGGAGCUAGAGGAAGGGGAAGGGAAGGGAAGGGGCGGAGAGGCUGAUCCUGAGGUGGCUCAGAGGAAGGCUGGCGGGGAGGAGGGGGAGGAAGCAGUGGUGGCAGUGAGGAAGGCGGAGCUGGUGCGGGUGUUAUCUGAGUUCGUGGAGAGGAGGGAGGGCCGGGCGAGGCGGGUGAACCGCAUGCUGCAGCAGGAGGCGCAGGCGGGUAGAGGGCUGGAGGAGCGACUGGGAGAUCUCACCAAGUCACAGCAGGAGGUUCAGGCUGGCAGAGGGCUGCAGGAGCGACUGGUGCAGGUUCAAUGCAUGAGGCCCACCGUCUCAUGCAGUUUCUACACCAUGCUAUGCUAUGCGCUGGAGGUGCGCACAUUGGCGUCCGUGGCAGCAGCACAGAACGUGGCCCGCCUGCAGGCACUAAACGACUCGCUGCAGGGUAUCACUUGUAGCAGCACCACAGAACGUGGCCCGCCUGCAGGCACUAAAGGACUCGCUGCAGGUGAGCUGUGUGGGCUGUACGGGCUGUGUGGGCUGUACGGGACAGUAAGUGCUGAUGGGAUACUCGCCGAUGGGGCUGAUGGACAUGCUGUAUUGAGGGAUACUCGCUGCAGGUGA